UCGUCCCAACUUUAAUUGUUCAUGGAGUUAUGCGAAGACCCAAAGUCGUCCCAAAAUUGUGACUAAAAUCGUGACCCAAAGUCGUCCCAAAAUUGCACUUCAUGUGUAUGUGUGUGUAGAUAUAUGUGUGUGUGUAUAUGAAGAGAAUGUAUCCACAAAAUCUACUUAAAGCAUUUCAAAAGGUACGGUGUAGGAGAAAUGGGGUUGGUUUGGUUCCUCACUUCUUUUCUUCUGCUUGCAGCAUCAUCAUUUGCAAGGCAUCAAGAAUCUGAGCAAGGACUCAACCAUUCAACUUUGCAUUUGCCCUUGUAUCAUGUGCAAAGACAUGACUCGCACAGACCAGAACACCUCUUUGGAACAAACUCCAUCGGCACACCCUUGAAAGCUGCUACUCUGGAUAAGGGCAAUUACUACUAUAUCAACAUCAACCUUGGCACUCCGCCCAAACCCUAUGCCGUGAUGGUCGACACUGGCAGCUCCUUCUCGUGGGUGCAAUGCCAGCCCAAGCCAUCUCCCUCUGCAUCCACCACCUUCAAAAAGUUACCGUGCUCAACAACCGAGUGCAAUUUACUCAAGGAAGCCACUCCAGCUGGCCCUGAUUGCAGUAGUCCUGGGGAGUGCAAGUACAAUGCUAGCUAUGUGGACAAAACUUUCUCCCUUGGCUACUUGGGUCAGGAUUCACUGACCCUAACACAAUCAGAAGAAACACUGCCCGGUUUUGUGUUCGGGUGUGGGCAGGAGCGGGAGAGUCAUGGGUUUACGUUUACCAGUGAGUUUGCUGGUCUUGUUGGCAUGUCUCGUAACAAACUCUCCAUGAUCUCUCAGCUUUCGGCCAAGUAUGGACCUGACUUCUCGUACUGCCUCCCAACAGUGCAGGGAGGCAGUGUAGGCUCAUUGUCCAUAGGAAAGGAUUCAUUGACGAGAUCGUCCUACAACUUCACUCCAAUGCUUACUAAUACCAAAGAUAGCAGGCUUAGCAGCUUGUACGGUUUGAAUUUGACCGCUAUUGUAGUAGCAGAGGCCCAUUACAGUACAACUACAUAUCCUCUGACGGUGGCAAUUAUAGAUUCUGGGACGAUGGUCACGCGCUUGCCUUCGUGGGUAUAUGAUAGCCUACGUGAUGAUUUCAAAAUGAUCAUGUCCCAAAAAAAACAAAAUACUACGUCUUCUCAUAAAUUUCUAGAUACGUGUUAUAAAGGUAGUUUGAAGGAGAUGUCAUCAUAUGUGCCUGAGGUUCGGAUGGUGUUUCAAGGAGGCGUCGAACUCACUCUCGCACCUCAAAACAUUCUUGUAGAAGGGAACGAGGGCACUGUGUGCUUGGCCUUCGCAGAUUACUCAGACACUGAUGAAAUUGCCAUUAUUGGGAACAUUCAGCUGCAGACAUAUAGUGUGGCUUAUGAUGUCUCCAAUUCAAGAAUUGGGUUUGCUGCUGGGGGCUGCAGCUAGUUAUUAAAAUGUUAGCAUAUUUUUUUUCAUUUAUCAAACAUUAUGGCAUCUCAUGAAAAAGGAGUCGUGGGUAUCCUCUGCAACAACCCUCUCUAUAUGAUAGACGAACAUUCCGUGACUCUAAAUUGUUCUUAUUUGGAUAGUAAAUCCCAUGUUUGUGUAUGAUAUUGUGUUAUUGUAUAAGAAAGUAGAUGAUAGAAAAAAUAUUAGGAGUAGGUAAUUUCGUUUUUAAAAA